UUGACCUCAUUUUGCUUACGGUAAUACAAUAUUUCAAUGGGACAGGCUAUAUGCACAAACGAUCAAUAGACUUGAAGAUGGUGACCACAUCUGUUAGGGAAUUCAACUGGCGUGGUUUCUUCAUCGUCCUGAUGUCCUUCACUGCCACCCUGCUCUUUGGUAUAGUGGCCAAGGGAAUGGGGAUCCUGCUGCUGACGCUGCGGGAUCAGUUCACCACUCAUACCUGGAUCAUCGGAAGUAUGGUAUCACUCAUGAUCGUGGCGGCGGAUCUUGCAAGUAUCUUUACCGUUUUCCUUGAAAAAGCCAUGGGUUGUCGCCGAGUGUUGAUUUUGAGCAUCUUGGCCUUAUGUCUUGGUAUGGUGUUAACAUCCAUGUCUACAAGCAUUAUACAUAUCUUCCUGGCUAUGGUCCUGCUCACGGGACCUGGACUUGGUAUAGUCCUCGUUGUUCACAAACUUCUCGUGGCUCGCCACUUCACCGAACACUACACCCUGGCCUGCGGCGUAGGCCAUACGGGCACCGCGGUGGCACUUCUUUCCUUUUCGCCACUGAUGCAGCUUUUCCUGGAUACAUACGGAUGGCGAGGGGCAACUCUACUUAUGAGUGGAGUCUGCCUGCAUGCCCUAGCUUGUGCAGCCGUUAUCAGAGACGAAACACCUCAGUACCAGACUUUGCAAGCUCAAGACGGAUCACUGACAGACGACGGUAAGGGAACCACCUGGGCCAAAGCCAAGGUGAUUUUGUUCGGUGUCUGGAAAGCUGCUGAUCUGCACUUGUGUCUGGAGUUUAACUUCUUGAUAGUGAACGCGUGCGUCUUUGGGAUGACUUGUGUUUUUACUGCCUGGGCGGUGUACUUCGUGCCUCACCUGCAGGCCAAGGGCUUCACGCCCCAGGUAGCUGCCUCGCUUUGCUCGGCAGCAGCCGUCGGGUAUUUCUUCGGGACCUUCGUCUGGGCGCCUUUCAUCGACCGGGGAAUCCUGAGGUCUCCAACGGCCAUCAUCGUAAGCAGUCUGGCGCUCACGUCAUCGUUCGUUUUCGAUCCUCUGGUGCAUGACACCUUAGGAUACGUACUGAUCACCUUCGUCUUUGGGAUGUCUUCCUCGGCUUUGUUCACGCUCAGCGAUGUCGUGACGAAACAACUCUUCGAGGGGGAUCGACUGACAAGUGCCUUCGCAUUGGCCCGGUGUUUCAAUUUCCUGGCGAGAAUGCUAGCUGGUUUUUUACCCGGUCUGAUACACGACACAACUGGCAGUUUUGACUUGGCGUUUGUUGUUAUUGGAAUAAUACCAACAGUGACCCUUCUUCCAAUCAUCAUCGGAGUACUGCAGAAAAGACUCUAAGAGCAAGUUGGGCGUGAACUAUAGUUAACCAUAGUUGAACUAACUUCACUCGAACGAAGGAUGGUUGGACUACUCUAGUCGACUAUUUGGAACCGGAGCACGGGGCACGGUUCCAUCACUCGUUACCAAUAGCCUCGGGCAUCAAAAAGCACAACGGGGAGCCAGGAGUUUUGAAUAUCGUUUGACUUAUAUAGGCCGAGUUCGGGCGGUCUGUUCUUGACACGGGUACGCACUCAAACGGCGGGAACACGACCCAUACACGAACACUGCACUCGGAACAGGAUCACACACCACUAUCCGUCAAGGUUUUGCAAUAUACCCGUGUUAAGAACAGACCGCCCGAACUCGACCAUAGAGGCGUUGAUCGCGCUUUGCUGUUAAUGUUAAGUUACGACACAAAUAAUCAUUAGUCGGCUAAUAACUUGCUCUAGGACAGAGGCGGCGAGUGCAGGCAAUAUAAUAGUCAGAAAAACCCACCGUUGGCGGCGUAAAUCCUGUUUUACCUGCUUGUUAUAUGGAAAAACGUUAUUUUGUAGGCAUUGUUAGCCUAUUUGAGAUAUGACGGGACACAAUAGGAGGGCGUUAUUGGGUUUGGCUAUUUACCCAAAUCAAACAGCACCCUCUGUUGUAUCUGCCAUAGGCUUAUUUUGUCAAAUACGCUAAUUUCAAGGGCCC